UCUUUAGGGGAAAACUGCUGAAAUAAUUUGUAGUAUUGCUUAACAAACUACUUAAGUAACUAUGGCUCAUAGGUAGUGAGUGCAUCUAACUCAUGUCUACUAAACCUCCUGUUUGUUUCAGGUUCAACUCUGGCUCCAUUGAUCCAGCACAAUGAUCUGGAUACUUCAAGUCUUGUUCUCACCGCUCCCAACACCAGCACUGAUUAGUCUUAUUGUAUUUGGAGCUUGCAUCUUCCUGUGGGUGAUAAGCAGGCCAAAACCUGUUUUGCCUCCUGUUGACUUGAACAAGCAGUCAGUAGGAAUUGAGGGAGGAGCCAGAAGAGGUGCACUCCUAACAGAUAAUAACCUGCUUUCUUACUACUUCGAAGAUGGUAAAACCCUGUAUGAAGUUUUCCAGAGAGGACUGCAUGCUUCUGGAAAUGGCAGCUGUUUAGGCUACAGAAAACCCAACCAACCUUAUCAGUGGCUGACAUAUAAACAGGUUUUGGACAGAGCUCAAUACCUGGGAUCAGGUCUUCUGCAAAAAGGAUGCAAACCAUCACCAAACCAGUUUAUUGGCAUUUUUGCUCAGAAUAGGCCAGAGUGGAUCAUUUCAGAGUAUGCCUGCUACACUUACUCAAUGGUUGCUGUUCCACUCUAUGACACUCUGGGGCCAGAGGCCAUUGUAUAUAUUGUUAACAAAGCUGACAUAAGCAUAGUGAUCUGUGACAAGCCUGAGAAGGCACAGACCUUGCUUGAGAACUGUGAGCAAGAGAAGACCCCAUGUCUGAAGAUUAUCAUUCUCAUGGAUCUCUUUGAUAAAGAGCUCAAGGACAGAGGAGCUAAAGUGGGAGUUGAAAUGCUAGCACUGCAGGAGGUUGAGGAGCUGGGAAGAAACAACAUCAGAGAACCAGUUCCUCCUAAGCCGGAAGAUCUUUGCAUUGUGUGUUUUACCAGUGGAACCACAGGUAACCCUAAAGGAGCCAUGCUGACACAUCAAAAUGUUGUUGCAAAUGCUGCUGCCUUUCUUAGAAGUACAGAGAACACAGUUGAGUGUACAAGUUCAGAUAUCACCAUGUCCUAUCUUCCCCUGGCUCACAUGUUUGAGAGAGUCGUACAGACUGUGGUCUACAGCUGUGGAGCAAAAGUAGGCUUCUUUCAAGGAGACAUCAAAUUGCUAACAGAUGACAUGAAAACCUUGAGACCAACGCUAUUUCCAGUUGUACCAAGACUGCUCAAUAGAAUAUAUGACAAGAUACAAAGUGGUGCAAAGAGCCCAGUGAAACGUUGCCUGUUAAACUUCGCUGUGAUUAUGAAGAUGGCUGAAAUAAAACAGGGCAUAAUUCGAAAUGACAGCAUUUGGGAUCGGCUAGUCUUCAAAAAAGUUCAGGCAACCAUGGGUGGAAGAGUCCGUAUAAUGGUAACAGGCGCAGCCCCUAUAUCUCCUUCUGUCCUGACAUUUCUUAGAGCAGCAUUAGGCUGUCAGAUCUUUGAAGCUUAUGGCCAGACUGAAUGCUCAGCUGGAUGUACUUUCUCAAUGCCUGGAGACUGGACAACAGGCCAUGUUGGAGCCCCUCUGGCUUGUAAUAUCAUAAAACUAGAUGAUGUAGAAGAAAUGAACUACUUCUCUUCUAACAAUGAAGGCGAGGUCUGCAUUAAAGGACCAAAUGUGUUCAAGGGUUAUCUGAAAGACCCUGAGAAGACAGCAGAAGCAAUUGAUAAAGAUGGCUGGCUCCACACUGGAGACAUAGGGAAAUGGUUGCCAAAUGGAACGCUGAAGAUCAUUGAUAGGAAGAAGAAUAUAUUUAAACUUGCACAAGGAGAAUACAUUGCUCCAGAGAAGAUAGAAAAUGUCUAUAUCAGAAGUGCUCCUGUAGCCCAGGUCUUUGUACAUGGGGAAAGCCUGAGGUCUUUUCUAAUAGGUAUAGUAGUUCCUGAUCCUGAGACACUUCCAGAAUUUGCAGCAAAACUGGGUGUAAAAGGUUCCUAUGAAGAUGUCUGCAAAAAUCCAGCAGUGAAGACAGCUAUUUUAGAAGAUAUGGUCAGACUGGGGAGAGAGGCUGGCCUUAAAUCCUUUGAACAAGUGAAAGACCUGUACAUCCACACAGAGAUGUUCUCUGUAGAAAAUGGACUCUUGACACCAACUCUGAAGGCAAAGCGAGCGGAGCUUGUUAAACUCUUCCAGAAGCAGAUUGAGUCCCUCUAUUCAAGUAUGCAGGAAUAAGCGGCCAGUUUAAUUUGAACUGCAUGGAAUAUCCAGACAAAUCUGUGACACUACAUGACCUAUGGAGAACACAGGCAUGAGUGGAGGGGAGCAAGAACUUAAAUAUAUUGUUUCUGGUAUCCUGGGAAAAAUGACUUUCAGAUGAAGAUGGCGAUAGUAUAACUGACAACUGGCAGCGUUCACAUCUUGCAGGACUAAGCAUCAGCUGUCUAGACAAAGCCAGAAUUUUCAUCUUCCUUGGACUAUGACUGAAGCGCAAAAACACUCGAGCCUUUAAAAGGCAGCUUCUCACUGACAAAAGCAGACCUUGUUUUCCUGCUCCAACUAUGAACUCCAUUGUGACCUUUUGUGGCUGGAUCUGCAAUCAGACUGAACUCUUUCCUGCAGUUACAUGUUGGUUUGUAUUUUUUUUGGGGGGGGGAGGGGGAUAGAUGAAAAACGAAGUGCAGGAAAACAACACUUCAGUUUCCAGUCAGGAUGCUAUAACCUGUCUCAACUCAAGCUAUCACAACAUGAAUUGGAGUUUAACAUCUGUUUCUGUUCCCAGCCCUGGACCACACAGUAUAGGUUUUUAAUGAAAAUGAGUAGUCUGGCAUCAACUGGUUUACACAGUACAGGUUUAUACUCUAGUAUGGGCGGCACUGGAUCAGGUUUUGCACAUGUUCUCAAAUGCAAUGGCAGUUACAAAGCCUCUACACUUACUAAUUUGAGCCUAAUAAGUGGAAAACUUUAGCUGUCAUUCCUAAGGAUAUAGCAUGCAAUAAAUUGUAACUGCAUAAUCAAACCAAAGCCUGUGUGAGUGACUUGUCUCUGCUGCCACCAGACUGUCAACUGCAAGGUUUACUGCUGCCUGGUUAUGUAUAGCUGCAGCUCAAACACAACUGCCACAGAAAGCUAACAUUACCUAUGCUGUCACUGCACUGCCUUAUGAGGCAAUAUGAUAGUGCCAAACCAGAUGUUGCUCCUCUACUCAAAUUUCCUUUUCUUGUAGUAAGGCAAUAUGUGACGAAGUCUUCAGCAUAAAUUCAUUCUUCCAGCUCAGCCUAUGACAUGAAAUAAGACAUCAGAUAACAUUUUCUAGGGCUAAAGCUACUUCUUUAGAAAGUUAUUUAGACGAGUACUGUCUCCAUCUUUAGAAACGUCUGCCAUCAGUGUAUGCUGUCUCUGCUGACGGCUCCUCCCUGUCCUUGUAGUAGUCUGCCCUAUCAGUUCAAAAGGCAAUGCAGUGUUAACAAGGAUGUAACAUGGCGGAGGAGUACAUGUAGCUUUCCUGUGCCAAUUGUCCUUGUUGUGCCGAAUUCUUACAGCUAGUGGCAGUUCCCCUCUUAUAUUUAACGCUCUUGGUCAGAUAUCCCAAAAUGAAAGCAACCAGUAGAUUUGUUGGUCAGGAGAGACCUAUCCCUUUCUAGGAAGCAUCUCUAGCUUUCACUAGUUAUGAUAAAAUGACUGACCCAGUUCUGUUUGUUGUCUAGGCCCAGAGACCUCGACAUUUUUGGGUAACUGUUGUGUCACUUACUGUGCUUGUCAUAACCUGAGGUUAUAAAAGCUUCUAAGACUCUAAAAGUGCAUGUAACUAUGCUGCUCAUCUUUCCCAUG